UGGCUUUUUGAUUUGGCUUCUUGCUGCAGUUGUGCAAACCUCGCUGGCUCCCAGAAAUCAGGCUCAGCGCUUUGCCGUGCACCGUAAUGCUGGGAAGCCUGGACCGAGCCCUGAUGGUGUGAGAGCGGGAGUGGGGGAAGCCCAGCAGAUUCAGUGGCAGCCUGGGGUACAAUCCAUUUUCUCUUCCCCCCUCCCUCGACCCCCAUUUAUCUCUGGCCUCCUCCCCCUUCGCCAGCUCUCCCUUCCCUCCCCAAACUCCGCCGCACGGAGCUGAAGAUCAAGGCUGGUGGAUUUAUCAACAUUUUACCUCCACCCCCACCCUUUUCCAGAUGCACCUCCCCACUCACCCUGACAGCUGCAAAAAGGAGCACAGGUUUUGUAGCGAGCGAGGCAACUUGCACUGACAUGCAAAGGCGAACCCCGCCGGUACCCGCACACACCGUCGAUGAAUCACCGGGAGAUGCGAUGAGCUCCCUUUAGGAACCGGAAGGAUUUGUACCGGGGAGCCAGUGGAGCCCCCCACCCCCCAAAAAAAAACCAACAAAAAAAGAGUCAGGAAAGCAACCAGAAGGGGUUCUCGGCCUUUUUGGAUCUACACAGUGGAAGUUGCAUCUUGUGUAUGGCGUGGUUAAGCUUGCAGCCUGUCACCUCGGCCUUCCUCCAUUUUGGGCUGGUUACUUUUGUGCUGUUUUUGCAUGGUUUGCAGGUGGAUGCUGGCCUGACGGGAGACUCAACCAGUUCAGUACAAAACAGCUCGUGUUCAGGAUCUUUUGACUGCAAGGAAGGUGUUAUCCUGCCAAUAUGGUACCCAGAAAACCCAUCCCUUGGGGACAAAAUUGCCCGUGUUAUCGUAUACUUUGUAGCACUGAUCUACAUGUUCCUUGGAGUCUCCAUCAUAGCAGAUCGUUUCAUGGCAUCUAUAGAGGUUAUUACAUCGCAAGAGAAAGAAAUCACGAUUAAGAAACCUAAUGGAGAGACCACAACGACCACCAUUCGGAUUUGGAAUGAAACUGUUUCCAACUUGACCCUCAUGGCCCUGGGCUCCUCAGCUCCUGAGAUUCUUCUGUCUCUGAUAGAAGUUUGUGGGCAUGGAUUCAUAGCUGGAGACCUGGGGCCGUCUACAAUUGUUGGCAGUGCUGCUUUCAAUAUGUUUAUCAUCAUUGCCAUCUGUGUCUAUGUGAUCCCUGAUGGGGAAACCAGAAAGAUAAAACAUCUGAGGGUUUUCUUUGUCACAGCUGCAUGGAGCAUCUUUGCUUACAUCUGGUUGUACAUGAUCCUUGCUGUCUUCUCUCCAGGUGUGGUUCAGGUCUGGGAAGGUCUGCUUACACUUUUCUUCUUUCCACUUUGCGUCCUUCUGGCUUGGAUAGCAGAUAGACGUUUGCUUUUCUAUAAGUAUAUGCACAAAAAGUACCGUACUGACAAGCACAGGAGCAUUAUCAUAGAAUCAGAAGGUGAUCACCCUAAGGGAAUUGAGAUGGAUGGCAAGAUGAUGAACUCCCACUUCCUGGAUGGAAACUUAGUGACUGUGGAAGGGAAGGAGGUAGAUGAAUCUCGCAAAGAGAUGAUCCGGAUCCUUAAGGACCUGAAGCAAAAGCACCCAGAAAAGGACUUGGACCAGCUGGUAGAGAUGGCUAACUACUAUGCCUUGUCUCAUCAGCAAAAGAGCAGAGCCUUCUAUCGCAUUCAAGCUACCAGAAUGAUGACCGGAGCAGGCAAUAUUCUGAAGAAGCAUGCAGCUGAGCAAGCCAAGAAGAGCACCAGCUUGCAUGAGGUGCGGCCAGAUGAACCUGAGGAAUUCAUCUCCAAAAUUUAUUUUGACCCAUGCUCCUACCAGUGUCUUGAGAACUGUGGUGCCGUUCUCCUGACAGUGGUGCGGAAAGGAGGGGACAUGUCCAAGACUAUCUAUGUGGACUAUAAAACAGAGGAUGGCUCUGCCAAUGCUGGUGCUGACUAUGAGUUCACAGAGGGGACUGUUGUCUUGAAAUCAGGGGAGACCCAGAAGGAGUUCUCAGUGGGAAUUAUUGAUGAUGACAUCUUUGAGGAAGAUGAGCAUUUUUUUGUGCGGCUCAGUAAUAUCCGUGUGGUAGAGAGUGAGGAACCUCCAGAGCUCAGUAACUCCCUGUACCCAAAGGCCAUAUUGGCUUCUCCUUGUGUGGCCACAGUGACUAUACUGGAUGAUGACCAUGCUGGCAUCUUCACAUUUGAGUGUGAUGUUAUACAUGUCAGUGAGAGCAUUGGUGUGAUGGAAGUCAAAGUUCUAAGGACAUCAGGUGCUCGGGGUACAGUCAUAGUGCCAUUUAGGACAGUAGAAGGGACAGCGAAAGGAGGUGGAGAAGACUUUGAAGACACUUACGGGGAGUUGGAGUUCAAGAAUGAUGAAACUGUGAAGACCAUAAGGGUUAAGAUAGUAGAUGAGGAGGAAUACGAAAGGCAGGAGAAUUUCUUCAUUGCCCUUGGUGAACCGAAAUGGAUGGAACGAGGAAUAUCAGCCCUGCUGCUCACCCAAGAGGUGGCUGAGAGGAAGCUAACUGUUGAAGAGGAGGAAGCCAAGAGGAUUGCAGAGAUGGGCAAACCAAUACUUGGCGAGCAUCCCAAACUAGAAGUCAUCAUUGAGGAGUCCUAUGAGUUCAAGAGCACUGUGGACAAGCUGAUUAAGAAGACAAACCUGGCUUUGGUUGUAGGGACACAUUCCUGGAGGGACCAGUUCAUGGAGGCCAUUACCGUCAGCGCAGGUGACGAGGACGAGGAUGAGUCUGGCGAGGAGCGUCUGCCAUCCUGCUUCGACUACGUGAUGCACUUCCUGACAGUCUUCUGGAAGGUGCUGUUUGCCUGCGUGCCCCCCACUGAGUACUGCAAUGGCUGGGCCUGCUUUGUCGUCUCCAUCCUCAUCAUCGGCAUGCUCACAGCCAUCAUCGGUGACCUUGCCUCCCACUUCGGCUGCACCAUCGGCCUCAAGGACUCAGUGACUGCUGUCAUCUUUGUCGCCUUCGGCACUUCUGUACCAGACACGUUCGCCAGCAAAGCUGCGGCCAUCCAGGACGUCUAUGCCGAUGCCUCCAUCAGCAAUGUCACAGGCAGCAAUGCCGUCAAUGUCUUCCUGGGCAUCGGGCUGGCGUGGUCAGUGGCGGCAAUCUACUGGGCAUCGCAGGGGCAGGAGUUCCAGGUGUCAGCGGGCACCCUGGCCUUCUCCGUCACCCUCUUCACCAUCUUCGCCUUCAUCUGCAUCAGCGUCCUCCUCUACCGCCGGCGGCCCCACAUCGGGGGGGAGCUGGGUGGCCCCCGGGGGUGCAAACUGGCCACGACAUUGCUCUUCAUCAGCCUCUGGCUGCUGUACAUCCUCUUCGCCACCCUGGAGGCCUACUGCUACAUCAAGGGGUUUUAGGUGGUGGAGGGACGGUGCCGCUGGGGGGAGGGACCCCCUCCUCCGUUACCUCACUGGACACCGGUCCUGUAAGCAUGGUUUCACCGGAGGGGACAGCUGUCUGUCAGGGGCCGCCACUGCCCAAAUGAUCAGAUGGCUGGGUGCCAAGAAAGGCAAAACUAUCACAGAGUGAAAAAAAAAAAAUCCAAACAAAACCCACCUAAAAUUAAACAAAAGAAAAGGAAGCAACAAUGGCAAGCGUUAAAAUAAACCAAAACAGGAAAAACCCAGCCACUGACCCCAUUCAAUGAGAUUAAGAAGUUUCAGCCAUCUCCAAAGGCCACCUCUCCCUUAGGGCCUUGGCUGCUUUCCUCCCAAGCACCCCUCUGCUGUAAGGAGCUGUUUUCUUAUUUUUUACUGGUUGGGAAGGCUGAUCAGGAAUAUUUUUUUUCUUUUUUUCUUUCGUUUGCUUGUUGCUUUUUGGUUGGGGGGGCACGCUGCUUGGUUAAUAUUUUUUCUUUUUUUACUUCUACAACGGAAAAAUGUUUAAAAUCUACUCUAAAGCUUCAAGCUGCCGUUAGUGCUGGAAUUGAACAUGUGUAUUUUUUGAAGCCAGAAAAGACUGUGACACAGUCAAAGGACUUUCUCACCAUCACUUGUUUCCUCCCGCGCCACCUUCCAUUUCUUUCUUUUUUAAGACCAUUGCAAGACUGAUAUAUUUUUAAUACAAACACAGACACACACACAUUCAGUGACAAAGGCUGGAGCAUGUAGCAUCUCAAUCACCUGCCUGGGCUAAGGGAAAAAAAAAAGGAUGUGGGGGGAAACCAAACCCCAACCCUCUAAUAUAAUAAUGUAUCAUGUAUAUUUUGACUAUGGCAUUUCUCUUUGUAUAAUUGACUUCGAGCUUGUGGUACUGCAGGGAGAGAAAAUCAUGUUAAUUUACAACUGAUAAAGAAAUAAACGGCUACCCAGGAACAGCCUGCCCUGGGGGGAGCGAGGGCCCCAGGGAAAGUGGUACCGGCUCCUUGGGGCGGUGGUCGUGGAGGGUUUGCUGCAUGGUCCUCCUGCUCGGAGGUGGGAAUGAAUUCAGGAAAACCCGGAUAGCGUGCCUGUACGUUCCCAGUGCUGUGCCACCCUGAGCUGUGGUGUGGUGCCCUUUCACGCGUUUGCUACCCUGGUUUUCACAGCGCCCACAUCUUGCUGGUGGUCUUCAAGCCAUUGAAAGGUACUGGCUUAAAAACUGCCACCCACAUCAGAACUCCCGUAGCAUCUCGAGUACCUUUUAAGAAGACCAGACAGACAAAAAGGCAUCCUUUUCAUUUGAAGUGCAUUUAUUUUAAGGAAAAAAAAACCAAAACCAAAAAACAAACCACCACUAGAGUAUGUCAUGAAUUACAUCAAUGGCUGCAAAGUGAAAUGUUGGGUUGGUAAUAAAAAUAAAUAAAACCUAUACCUAUAUCUAUAUAAACAGUGCUAUCUAGAAACAUAUUUCUUAACUGACAACCCCGGAAGAGAAUUUAAAACCUAACGCUUUGUAAAGUGUUUUCAAGGUGAAGUUAGUUAAUUUCUUUUGUCAAGAAACAGGUGCUGUAAAGGGAAACAUUUUCUUCAUAAAGUUCCAUAUAAUAAGCCAAAUCUUGGGAGGUGCCAAGACAGGGGCUGCUAAAAGAUACAUCUCUGCCUGUUGCAGUGCUUUCUGCAGCCCCAGGAGGCAGGGAGGAGGUGGCCACAGGUUAGGGAAAAACAAGGGGAACAAGGAUCUCACAGUCAAAAAAAAGCUGUAAUGUUAAAGCAGGUGCCUAGAUGAGAGUGGUCCUUAACACAGAGAUGAAGUAUUUAUUUUCAUACAAAAUGGUUAUCAGAUAUCUAUAUCUCUAUAUAAAUGUGUAUACACGUAAGGCAAAGAAGAAGGAUCCUUCUCAGAGGAGACGUAGGAGCUUUGCCGGUGGGAACCCACCGUGGGUGAAAGUCGUUGGGUUUGAAGCCAACAAGCAUCCGACCUCUGCCUCCUUACCCUCCCUUUGCCAUGCCUUUUGGAAAGAGCCUGACAAAGAUGGGCAAGAACCCUUGAGUCCAGGCUCCUGCUGAGCUUGCUGGUCCUUCCAGCCUCUGGGUGUGCCAACAGCCACUGAGAGCAGCUGCUGCUGCCGCCGGCCACCACCACUGCUGCCCGCCAGCCAGGGACCCCAGAACACAUGUGUGACACUGAAAUAAAAAUUACAAAAGCCCCCCAACUGUUGUCUGGGGGGGUGUAAAGUGCAGCUCUCACGGGGCCCAGGGCGGAGUUGUUAUCAUUGCUGGUUUUAAUUUGGAUAUAUUUAAAAAAAAAAUAAAUCUGUUGAGCUCUUAUUUUACCCAUGCCAGUUUACCCACCCCGGGUAAAGCCCAGCCUGGGGAGCUGCCGUGCUGUUCUUCUGUUGCUUGUGCUGUGUCCACCGUGUACUUUUCAUCCACGUCCUUCUUUAGAUGACCUUGGGGAAGAGGUGGGUGGGUGGGGGACUGGCUGCCAUGAGUGCCAACUGCAUGGGGACCUUGGUGCCCUCCAUGCACGAGGGCAGCCUGAGACAGGCCGACAACAUCCGUGGAGUGUUUCUUUCUUUUAUUUUUAUUUUUUACUUCAUUAAAAAAUAUGCAAGCUGAAAAAAGCCAA